ACGUCAUCAUUCUGCGCCCAUUCAGCGGGACAGUCGCGGCGUUUGAAACAUCUAGCUCAGUAGCUGCAAAAAAAAACGUAUCUUUGCAGUAAAAUCGCCGCACUCGGAGUGAAAUAAAAUGAUUGAUAUGAUUGAGAAAGAGGACCCGGUCAUCAGCGAGGAAGAGGCGGCGCAGUACGACCGUCAGAUUCGAUUGUGGGGGCUAGAUGCACAGAAAAGGUUGCGAGCGUCCCGUGUUCUGCUGGCUGGGUUAGGUGGACUCGGGGCUGAAGUGGCCAAGAAUCUGAUUCUGGCUGGAGUUAAAGGACUCACUUUACUGGACCAUGAACAGGUGUCGGAGGAGUCGUGUCGGGCUCAGUUCCUGGUCCCGGUCACAGCUCAGGGUCAGAACCGGGCCCGGGCCUCUUUGGAGAGAGCACAGAACCUCAAUCCGAUGGUGGAGGUCCACGCCGACCCCGACAGAAUCGAAGACAAACCAGACGACUUCUUCCUGCAGUUCGACGCAGUCUGUCUGACAGGCUGCUCCAGAGACCUGAUGGUUCGGGUCGACCAGCUCUGUUCACAGCACAACAUCAAGGUCUUCUGUGGGGACGUCUAUGGUUACUAUGGUUACAUGUUCUGUAACCUUGGACAGGAGCACAACUAUGUGGAGGAGAAACCUAAAGUAGUGAAGCCCUCUGGAGAUUCCAGCGAUGGUCCAGAAGCAAAGAAAGCCAAAGUGGACCCCAACGAGACCACGAUGAUAAAAAAGACGGCCAAGUUCUGCACCCUGAAGGAGGCUCUGGAGGUGGACUGGACCAGCGACAAGGCCAAAGCAGGGCUGAAGAAGACACCAGUCGAUUACUUCCUGCUACACGUUCUGCUCAAGUUCCGCACAGACAAAGGUCGCGACCCUGAUCCACAGUCCUGUGCAGAGGACAGCCAGCUGCUGAGACAGAUCCGAGACGACGUCCUGGAGGCACUGGCGGUGAGCGGCAACCUCCUGAACGACGACUUCAUCAGCUUCUGUUUCUCUGAGUUGUCUCCGGUUUGUGCCGUGGUGGGAGGAGUUCUGGGACAGGAAAUUGUUAAGGCUCUUUCCCAAAGAGACGCCCCUCAUCGCAACUUCUUCUUCUUCGACGCCCGUAAAGGCAACGGCAUCGUCGACUAUUUCGGACCGAACUGAAGCCAUUUCACAAACGUCACCGUCCGUCUUCUGAGUUAUUUAUCAGUAUUUGCUCCUCGUCAGAUUCCUCGUUUAUUGUCUCCCGUUUGUCGUCAUUUGAUCCGAUGUCAGACAUAUUCUCGAACACAGGUUGUUUUUUUUACAUUUACUAAUAAAACAUUGUGUAAUAAAACUGCUCGGCCUCAGUG